UUUUUAGGGGGGGGGGUGGUAUCUGUGCGUAAAUAAGACACAUUGUUGAAGUUGAAGAAUAUUGUGUAGUGUGUUUUAUUGGUGAGCCCUCUGAUUUUUGUUGACGCCUACCUUUUUCUUCACUCCUAUUAAACCCCAUUUCUACAAUUUAAAGUGGUACAUGUCAUAUUUAUUUACUCCCGAAAAGACCAUAGUUUUAUCCUAUGCCAGGAACACAUUUUGUGUCAAUAAACUUCGAAAUAAAAGUCGAACUGGGUAUAUGGUUCCUUUUAAAUACAUCUUUUUUGGAAAGUCUAUAGUCGGUCUUUCCCCUGGAUCAUAAUUGUUUUUCUCCCAAAUAGUUUGAGAAAGGGUUAACGAUUAAUACAUUUUAUCUCAGCCCACGGCGAUAAAGUGUCAGGGAGGGGGAAUGUGGUGUGAAAGUUACAAUUAAAUUACUUUCACAAUUAGACUACAAUUCUGUGAGCGCUAAACUAUUUCAAACGUUAUGAAUGUAACACAAUAAUUAGCACAAUUCAAAUGUGGACAAAAGCGAGAGUGCCCAGGAUAAAUUCCCUUCAGGCCGGACACGCAACAGUUGCGCGCGUCGCUUGGGACAAAGGAUAAGUACAUGUAGGCUAUCCCUCACAAAGACUCAGGACUGACUUGUCGAUGAGCGUGGGACUGUGAGAAGGCGAGAAAGCCUCAGUCUAGAGACUGGACAUCCGAGAGCCCUCACCUUUUUUUAAAGCUUGUUAUUCACUUGUAAGUGCUUGGACGAAUGUGUUUAAAACUACUAGUUAGAAAGAAAACGCGGCUUAUUGUAUAAUUUUCAUGAAUUGUGCACAUGUUUACAGUGUUAAUCUAAUCAUCACGUUGACAAACUUCCCUUGCACUGUGUUUUGCCAUCCUACGUUGAGUUUACGGAGUGUUGGAGUAAACCAAGCUUGUGUUAGCCACGAUGAUAUCGCAGUCAAGUGAAGGGAUGAGCUGUCUGUCCAAAUUCCCGGAAUCUGGCGUCAUAAACGCAUAUGGUGACAGCGCACUGAGUAUACCGAGGACAGAUGCACUCUGUGUUGAUACGAACGUAUUUCUUACUUACUCCAAAAAGAAAGAUGGACAAGACAAACCCAACACUCCUUGUUUCAACGAGUUGUACCAGCCUACAGGAGAAAUUUUGGGCCACGGUUCGUUUGGCUCCGUGUGCACAUACAAGAGGAAGAAAACGGGGAUGGAAUACGCCGUAAAAAUCAUCAAGAACUGCGAUGAUCCUCGCAGACGACCGGCAGUGUUGAGGGAGAUCAGAGUUUGCGGUCGCUUCAAAGGCUGCGAAAAUAUCAUUCAGCUCGUGGAGUUUUUCGAAGAAAAAAAUACAUUUUACCUAGUGUUUGACAAGGUAGCGGGAGGUACCAUGGACAAGGUGAUUAAAUCACAGGCGUUUUUGGACGAGCCUGACGCUUCCCGUGCGAUCAGCGCCAUUGCCCGCGCUCUGUUGACUCUCCACAGCGCCGGAGUGGCCCACAGAGACAUUAAACACAGCAACAUCUUGGUUCAUACAAAAGGGGAGGUCACCCCACUCGUUCUGUGUGACUUAGGCUUAGCGAGUGAGCCCACUCCUAACGGGGCCAGACCUUCCCUGACGACCGCUGUAGGCUCACCAAAGUUCAUGGCACCGGAAGUCGUAGCCGCGAUCAGGCAACGUCCCGUGGUACCCUACGACCACCGCUGUGACAUGUGGAGCCUAGGUGUCCUGCUUUUCUCUAUGCUCUACGGCUUCCUGCCUUUUAAAGGCGACUGUGGUAAGCACGUAGGUGUCUGGCGCCAGCCUUGUCAUGACUGCCACCAAAUCAUUCUACACAAGGUCCUGCACGGACAGUUCAAACUCCCGCCUGGCCCCACGGAGUUGUUGUCACGUGACGCAGUGAAUUUGGUCCGAGGCCUCCUGGCCGUUGACCCCCGAGACCGCUACUCGGCCUUCGACGUGCUGCAACAUCCUUUUGUCACCGCGCAUGCACAAAGGUGA